AUGCACAUCCACACCCCUUACCCGACUGACAGUUCAAGGUACUUCUUACAAGAGCGGAGCCUAAGGGGGAUGUGCAACAAACUACAGGAGGUCAAAGCAGAGCCUCCAGCGGCUCCUCCAGCACAAACCUCCCCCAAUCUGGGCUUCAAAAUCCCAGGCUACAGACCCUCGAAUUUCGACAGAAAAAUGCUGCUGUGGACGGGACGCUACAAGACUGCCGAGCAGAUCCCUGAGCUGGUAUCGUUUGAAACGCUCGACGCCGCCAGAAACAAAAUGCGUGUAAAAGUGUGUUACAUCAUGAUGGCAGCCACAAUAGGCGGCUGCUUGUUGAUGGUCAUCCUAGGCAAACGGGCCGCUGGCAGAAAUGAGUCUCUGACGGGUCAGAAUAUGGAGCGGAAGGCCAGAUGGAGGGAGGAGCUACAGAGAGAGCAGGCGGCCGCCGUCUCCUUGCCCGAUAAGGCGCAGUGA